ACCACCAUAUUUAUUCCUCCUCAUCUUUUCUUACAUAGAUUCUUCUGCCUAUAUUUCCUGUCCAUAAAACACAUACACACAUACACACACUCAUGCUUCUUUAUUACACACUUAUAAUUGGCUUAUUUGAGUUAGUCAAACAACACCCACAUGCUUUUGAUUAGCUUCUUCAAGUACUACUACUUGUUAGUUACUUGCUAGAUUUCCUGUCAGAUUCUUUGUUUGAGUUACUCUGAUUUGAUUUCUUAUUUCUUGGGGUUUUUUUUUGUUUUUGGUUUUUGUUUUUAUGCUUGAUUGGUGGAUAAAUAGGAUAAAGAUCAAAUUUUUGGACUAAGAAUCUUGAGGAUGGUUUGAUUCUUGGUUGGGUUUGAUUUGGUGGGUGUUUGGGUGCUCGUGUUUCUUAUCUUUUUCACUUCUUGCAGCAUUCCAGUUUUCAAGAUAUUUUGGGUGGAUAAGGUAGUAUCAUCCUUUCCUUUGGCAUCAUAUAAAUACUUUUUUUAUAUUUUUAUUUACUGCUCUUGAGAUGGCUGAUGGGCUUGUCAUAUCAAUCUCUCUUGCUUCAUUCUUUCUUCUUUUAAGUUCGUUUGAGUGUGGUGUAUGUAUAUACUGAUGUUGUGUCUGUCUAGAGAGUUGUGAGGAUUUGACAGUGGGAGGCUUCUAUUUUGGUAGAGUAUUUUUUUAGUACUGUUGUGUUGGGGUUAAUUAAUUUGAUACUGUUUGAAGGAGUGAAUUUAUUGUUGUUACUGUUGUGGAUGAGUUAUUUUUAUGUUGUUGGGUUUGCUCUGAAGGUGGGGCAGUUGCUGUUGAUGCUAUGGGGAUGGAUAAUAUCAUUGAUUUCAAUGAGCUGGUUCAUUAAUGGAGGAAUUAUGAGCACUAAGAAUGAUUUGCUUGGGGAUGGGAGGAAGCUAUGGCUGGUGUGGUGGGAUAAGAUCAGUGCUUAUAAGAUUUAUAAUUUCUAUUUUGAGUAUUUUAGUCCAAAGAGAUUUCGAAAAAGCUGGUGGAGGAAUCUUUUGGUGACAUGGGUGCUGAUUGGAACCUUGUUUUCGAUGUGGGUGUUUUGGUAUAUGAACUCUCAAGCUUUGGAGAAAAGAAAGGAGACUCUUGCAAGUAUGUGUGAUGAGAGGGCUAGAAUGUUACAAGAUCAGUUUAAUGUGAGUAUGAAUCAUGUCCAAGCUAUGUCUAUCUUGAUUUCAACCUUUCACCAUGCCAAGAAUCCCUCUGCUAUCGAUCAGGGGACCUUUGCCAGGUACACUGAAAGAACAGCUUUUGAGAGGCCCCUUACAAGUGGUGUAGCAUAUGCUGUAAGGGUGCUCCACUCAGAAAGAGAACAUUUUGAGAAGCAGCAAGGCUGGAAAAUUAAGAGGAUGGAUCAUUCUGAUCAAGUCCCAGUUCCUAAGGGUGUAUAUGAUGGGGAAGAAUCCGAAGCCCCAGAGCCAUCUUUAAUUCAGCCAAAUCAGGAGGAAUAUGCUCCAGUUAUUUUUGCUCAGGAGACUGUUGCUCACGUAAUUUCCAUUGAUAUGCUGUCAGGGAAGGAAGAUCGUGAUAAUAUCUUGCGUGCAAGAGAAUCUGGGAAAGGGGUUCUCACUGCUCCUUUCAAGCUGCUCAAAUCAAAUCGAUUAGGUGUCAUACUGACUUUUGCCGUCUACAAGAUAGAUUUUCCUUCUAAUGCAACACCAGAUGAGAGAGUCCAAGCAACUGAUGGGUACCUUGGUGGAAUAUUUGAUAUUGAAUCGCUUGUAGAAAAGUUACUUCAACAGCUUGCGAGCAAACAAACAAUACUCGUGAAUGUCUAUGAUACCACCAACCUAUCUUCCCCUAUCAGCAUGUACGGUUCAAAUGAGUUUGAAGAUUUGUUGGAGCAUGUUAGUCCCCUUAACUUUGGAGAUCCCUUCAGAAAGCAUGAGAUGCGUUGCAGAUUUAAGCAGAAACGCCCUUGGCCAUGGCUAGCAAUAACAACUUCAUAUGGGAUCCUUGUAAUUACGCUUCUUGUUGCCCAAAUAUUUCAUGCAACUAUGAAUAGAAUAACCAAGGUUGAAGAUGAUUUCCAAAAGAUGAGAGAGCUGAAGAAACGUGCUGAGGCAGCUGAUGUUGCCAAAUCACAGUUCCUUGCUACAGUUUCCCAUGAGAUCAGGACCCCAAUGAAUGGUGUGCUCGGGAUGUUGCAUAUGCUCAUGGACACAGAUCUUGAUGUUACUCAACAAGACUAUGUUAGGACUGCACAGGCCAGCGGAAAAGCUUUAGUCUCUCUUAUAAAUGAGGUUCUGGACCAAGCAAAGAUAGAAGCUGGUAAGCUAGAGCUCGAAGCAGUGCGGUUUGAUCUGAGAGAGAUAUUGGAUGAUGUUUUGUCUCUAUUUUCUGGAAAAUCUCAAGACAAGGGAGUGGAGUUGUCAGUUUACAUUUCUGACAAGGUCCCUGAGAUGCUAAUUGGCGAUCCUGGAAGAUUCCGACAGAUCAUCACAAAUCUUAUGGGCAACUCAAUCAAAUUCACUGAGAAAGGGCAUAUCUUCGUAACGGUCCAUCUUGUUGACGAGGUGAUGGACAUGACAGAAGUUGAGAAGGAAUCAUCGUGGCAGAACACCUUAAGUGGGUUGCCAGUAGCAGAUCAAAGCAAGAGCUGGGCAGGAUUUAAAAUAUUAAAUCCAGAGGGGUCAAAUUCUUCUGUAUCAUCUUCUUCUGAUACCAUCAAUCUCAUUGUAUCAGUGGAGGACACUGGUGUUGGAAUCCCUUUAGAAGCCCAAUCCCGUGUUUUCACUCCCUUUAUGCAAGUAGGCCCCUCUAUUUCUCGAACACAUGGGGGCACAGGAAUUGGAUUAAGCAUAAGCAAGUGCUUGGUUGGCCUUAUGAAUGGUGAAAUCGGGUUUGUAAGCGUACCCAAGGUAGGAUCCACCUUCACCUUUACUGCUGUAUUUACGAAUGGAGGCAAUAGUUCAUAUUCACAGAAGAUUCAGCAAAUCAAUCAGCAGUCGGGAUAUAAAGAAUUUCAAGGCAUGAAAGCAAUUGUUGUGGACAGUAGGGAGGUCCGAGCAAAAGCAUCAAGGUAUCAUAUUCAACGUCUUGGGAUCCAGGUCGAAGUAGUGAUUGGUUUGAGUCAUGGUUUAUCUGUCAUGAGCAGUGGAAAAAAGGUUAUUGACAUGGUCCUAGUUGAACAAGAAGUUUGGGACAAGGAUUUAGGCAUGUCAGCUCUCUUUGUCAGUCGAUUGAUGAAUUUUGACCAAGGUGUUCCUCCGAAAGUAUUCCUUUUAGCUAACUCUGUAAAUUCUAGCAGAAACGGGCAUGCAACUUUGGGUAACUAUUAUCCAUACGUCAUUGUGAAACCCUUGAGAGCAAGCAUGCUGGCUGCUUCUAUACAACGUGCCACGGGUGCAAAAAACCGAGGAAAUUACCGAAAUGGGGAGCUCCCGAGUUUGUCUCUCCGUAGUCUUCUCCUUGGUAGAAAAAUUCUAGUUGUAGAUGACAAUAAUGUUAACCUCAGAGUAGCUGCUGGUGCAUUGAAAAAGUAUGGCGCUGACGUUGUCUGUGCAGACAGCGGAAAGAAGGCAAUAUCACUGCUGGAGCCCCCGCACCAGUUUGAUGCUUGCUUCAUGGAUAUCCAAAUGCCUGAGAUGGAUGGGUUUGAAGCUACACGAAGGAUCCGAGACAUGGAAUCUAAAAUUAAUGGCCGUAUACAACAUGGAGAAAUGUUAAAAGAAGCUCACAAAGACAUCUCAAGAUGUCAUAUUCCUAUUAUGGCAAUGACUGCUGACGUGAUUCAUGCUACCAACGAAGAAUGCCUAAAAUCUGGAAUGGAUGGUUAUGUCUCGAAACCGUUUGAAGCUGAACAACUCUAUCGUGAGGUUUCACGCUUUUUCGUAUAGUUCAUUUAAUCUGCAGGAGAGUGGUGCAGGCAUGUCAAUAAUAGAAGCAUUCUUGCCUGCUCCUUGAGACAUCUUGUUGAAAUGCUCACGAGGGGUCCAGAUAUUUCCCGAUCGUAAGUUCUUACUUCUUAGUCGGCAGUUCCAACUUUGAUUGGGCCUUAUCAGUAACCAAACCAGCAUUCGAAUUUAUUGACUUUGCUUCAUAUCUGUCCAGGAACCCAAUUUAUUCCACCAAACUGGAGUGUAUAUACUAGGCAUUAGAUGUGGGAAUUCUUUGUACAGAUUGUGAGCGAGAUGACACAAUUCAUUUCCACGCAGUUUUGAUCUCAUCGUCUUCUAAGAGCCUCUGAAGGAUAUUAUCACCUAAAAACCUGAGAAGAAUUUGAAGGACAUGAUAAAGAUACAGUCUGAGGGGGUUUCGGAGAGUCGAUGUUUGUAUCAUAGAGAUCGAUAAUAUUUAUUGUGUUACAGAAAUAGUAGAAUUAGGUUGAGAGAAGAUUAUGCAGGUUGUAUAUAUAUAAACUAGCUUCUCCUAUAGAUUACAUGUAGUUAUACUAGGACAAUACUCAAAUGAGUGUGUUUGUUUUGUACAAUGCCAAUGAUCUGAUCAUCUAUGGACUUGGUGUAAUUACUGUUAAGAAUUAGUAACGAGUAAUGUGAAGCAAAUUUUAGUCA